UUAUAGUUUGACGUAGCGUAGACGUAGACGCAACGGAGACGCACUGGAAAAGAUCAACACCGAAUUUUGUGUACUCGUGUUUAUAGAUGAACGCAAGCGCCUGACGGAACGUAAGAGAAACGUAACGUAACAUAAGAGAUGACCAACUUUCAUCUUUUACAGUGCGUUUCUUCCGUCUGGCCAAUCAUAAGGCAGAAUUUUGUUCUGUCACUCAAAGUGGACCCGCCCCGCCCCCUCAUUACUUGUGUUGUGUAAAAAGUUGAUUGUCAACAUAUUCGAAUUUUGUUAAUUAUUUGUUAAUACAAUGGAUGUUAAGUUAUUAAUUUAAUAAAAAUAUAUCAUAGAGUCAUUUCAAUAUUUCAGAUAAAUAUGAGUUGUUUAUUAGCCUAAUUCGUGGUUAUCCACACAUAUUAUACGAUAGGUAAAUCCAAUAAACAUUUAAAGACCAGGAAAUGAAACAAAAUAGUUGGAAAUCCCACGGCAUGCGGCACCAAAGAGCAUACUUUCGUUUAUUUCCUAAUCCAUGUAACACACAAAACAGAUAAAUAUUAUAAUAAAUAAUAGUAUAAGUAUAAAUAAAUAAACAAUUACGGUGGGCAGGGCACGUGGUCCGCAUGCAUGAGAAUAGAAUCCCCAGAAAAUUGCUGAAUGCAAGAAUGCAGGGAAGAAGACCGGUUGGAAGACCUAAAAAGAGAUGGGAAGACGAAGUCGAUGAGGAUGCCAGGAACUUCCUGGGAACGCGUUCAUGGAAAAGAACAGCGGUAAAUCGAAAUGAUUGGAGAAGCUUAUUGAAGGAGGCCAAGGCUCGAUUUGGGCUGUAGUGCCAUUGGAUGGAUGGAUAAAUAAAUAAACACAAAGUUUGUUUACUGUUCGUAUAAUUUAUAGGCUAUGUUGUUGAAUUAGAAUUAAGUCAUUGUUUACUCUUUCUACUCAUGCGCAAAAAUUCCGCUACGUCGAUCUAUAAAUUGACAUAAUAUUUUCUUCCGUCUCCAGUCCGUUUCUUACGUCUACGUUGCGUCUACGUCUACGCUACGUCAAACUAUAAAUCCAACUUUAGACAGAAUCAUCUGACAACAGUCAACAGUGACAACUAAAUGACAACACUCUGACUGGCCAACACUGUCUUGCACUGGCCAUAGUGGCCAUGGCCAAAAGCCAUAGAAGAGUGGGUCCAAAAGCCCAAAAACCACAAACGUCAGUUAUUUCAAAUUUUGAUUGCAAUAUAAAAACGCAAAUGGAUAUAAAACAAGAGGUUAGUGAGGCGAUGUAUAAAGUAGAAAUACAUAAUGACGUGGAUGAUGAUUUCUUGAAUAAAUGUAAAAUUGAGAUUCAGGAGGAAUUCAAGAAAGAAAGCAUACAUGAUACAUUUGUUUAUUCAGACUCACAGCAUUUCUCCUCAAAGAUUGAAGUAGAUCCAGAUGAAAGUAAACUUAAACCAAUUGAAGAAAUAGCAACAAAUAAUGAAAACGACUUUCUCCGAGAAGAGGACACAUUGAAAAUUAUGAAAGCUUAUAAUGUACAGUCAUAUAAUAAAGAUCAACAUAUGAGUCAACGUGCUGAGGAAAAAACAUUAAAAUGUGAAAUAUGUUUUAAGCAGUUUAAUCACUCAUCUUCUCUGAAAAUUCAUUUGAGAUCACACACUGGAGAAAAGCCGUACAAGUGUGAAAUUUGUUUGAAUCAGUUUUCCCUGGCAAGCACUUUGAAAGUACAUUUAAGAUUACACACUGGAGAAAAACCUCACAAGUGCAAAAUUUGUUGUAAGCUGUUUAACCAAUCAAGUAGUUUAAAAUCACAUUUGAGAGUGCACACUGGAGAAAAACCUCAUAAGUGUGAAAUUUGUUUUAAGAUGUUUUCUCAGAAAUCUCAUUUGAAAAAUCAUUACAUAAUGCACACUGGAGAAAAGCCCUAUAGAUGUGAAAUUUGUUUUAAGCAGUUUAACCAGGCAGGAACUUUAAAACUUCAUUUGAGAAUACAUACUGGAGAAAAACCUCACAAGUGCAAAAUUUGUUUUAAGCAGUUUGUUCAAAAAUCUUCUUUGGAUGUACAUAUAAAAGUUCACACUGGAGAAAAACCUUAUAAGUGUGAAAUUUGUUUAAAGCAGUUUUCUUGGUCAAGUUGUUUAAAACGACAUCAUGUAAGAUUGCACACUAAAGAAAAACCAUACAAGUGUGAAAUUUGUUUUAAGCAGUUUUCUGAUUCAACUUAUUUAAAACAACAUAUGAAACGGCACACUGGAGAAAAACCUCACAAGUGUGAAAUUUGUUUUAAGCAGUUCACUGAAGCAAAAGAAUUGAGACGACAUAUUAGAAUGCACACUGGAGAAAAGCCGUACCAGUGUGAAAUUUGUUUGAACCAGUUUUCCCACGCACAUGCUUUGAAAGUACAUUUGAGAUUACACACUGGAGAAAAACCUUAUAAGUGUGAAAUUUGUUUUAAGAUGUUUUUUCAGAAAUCUCAUUUGGAAAGUCAUUUAUUAAUGCACACUGGAGAAAAGCGCUAUAGGUGUGAAAUUUGUUUUAAGCAGUUUGGCCAGGCGGGAACUUUGAAACUUCAUUUGAGAAUACAUACUGGAGAAAAACCUUACAAGUGCAAAAUUUGUUUUAAACGGUUUGCUCUUAAACAUUCUUUGGGUUCACAUAUGAAAGUUCACACUGGAGAAAAACCUUAUAAGUGUGAAAUUUGUUUUGAGCAGUUUGCUCAUCUAAGUCAAAUUAAACAACAUAUGAGAUUGCAUACUGGAGAAACACGUUACAAGUGUGAAAUUUGUUUUAAGAAUUAUAGUAAACAAAUUGAUUUGAAAAGACAUUUGAAAUCUCAUAAUGGAGAAAAUCCAGAAUAAAAAAAAGUGAUUUAAAAGUGAAUAUGAAACGUCACACUGGCACAAAACUUUAAUGGUGCGAAUUCUAAAUAGUUUAGUGAAGAACAUCAUGUAAAAGGACAUAAUGGAGGAAAACCUUAAUAUAAGUGUGAAAUUUGUCAGGGUUGUUUCGUUUUAAACAUUUUGUUUUAAUCAACUGUUUUAAACAGGUUUUAAACAUUUGUUUAUGUUUAAAACAGUUUUUGUUUAAAACAGUUUAAAACAUGUUUAAAACACUUAAAUUAAACAAGUGUUUUUUUCAUUUUCUUUAUUAAUAUGUAUAAUGAACAUCAAAAAAAAUUAUUAAAUACCUUAUAUAAACUUUUUAACAUAGGAUAUUAUUUAUUAAUUACUAAUCGGAACACAGAAAAAAAAAGAAUGUGUGUGUACUUUGUACGCACGUAAGAAGUUAUUUAUAUAAUUUUAAUGAAGUAAAUAUAUUUAAAAGGUUAUUUGUAUUCUAUUUAAAUAUUAAACUAACUUUAUUAUCUACCACUUUCAAAA